AUGGCCAAGAGACAUGGCCACUAUCGUGCUAGAGGCACUGGAAGAAGCAAGACCAGUGGUAGUAACUACAAAAAGGCGAAAAACAACCGGAAGCAGAACCGUAGUGGUUCUAGCAGAGGUGGACAUAAUGCUAACUUCCUUCCUGUCGGAGGUGGAGACCUAAGUAACACGGAUAUGAUGGACGACUACUAUUUUGGACACAACCACGCUCAAAACUCCAUGCAUAUGGGUGGUUUUAGGCCCGGAAAAGAAGGAUUUGCACAGGAGGAGAAGGAGGCCCGGACUCUGCCAUUGAGAAAAAGGCCUGUGGAAUUCACCAAAGCUGAACAAGUUUACGAUCCAGCUCAUGAUUUUAUUCUGAAUCUGAGGAAAAAGGAACAGGAAAGGCAGCAACUUGCAUCAAACAACUCUUAUGAAGACACAGAAACCGAAAGAGUAGCUGUGGAUGCGGCCUCCGACGAACCUGUUGAGGAACCUGUGGAAGUGGACGUAGCAUCUGAUGAUUCCAGUGUAUCAGAUAGUGAAUCUGAAGAAUUGAAAACAGAGUCUUUUACCGAGCCAUCAAAGGAUAUUUCAGAUGAAAGGCUCUUCUUCGUUGAUGAGACGCCACUACCGCGGGCGAACGUUAAGACUGUCCAUGUAGACGCACCGACGAAAAACGUCUCUGAAAUAGGUGCCUCGGCAACAGAAUUUGACCCUGUGCUCGUGGUGGGCAAAACUGAACUAAAUUUGUUGCAGGACAAAGAUGGAUCAGCUUCCGUAAGCAUGCCACAAGGUUACAAAUCUCACCCUUUCAAGCCAAGUUCUCGAGAUCAACUGGAUAGGGACAGUUCGUGGGAUGAGAUCGGUGACUACGAUGAUUAUGACGAAUUGGAUAGUAUUGACUAUGAUGAAUACGACGAAGCCUAUGAUAGUGACUCUGAAGGCGAUGUUUCUUCUGAAAAAGAAGCUCCUAAUGCAGACACGGUCGUGAGCGGCUCUUCGAUACUUUCCUCCACGAUCCAGAGCCUGUCUCUGAACGAAGAUAAAGAGCCGGAAGUGAAAUCGGGAGAAAAUGAGCCAGAGUUUGGCUUCCUUGACGAGGAUUUCGCAUUGAACGUUUCUGAACUCGAAAUCAGCAAUAUCCGUAUCGGUUCGCAAGACAAUUCUUACUACAUGUCGAGCUAUCGAUAUUUUGGCGACUAUGAUAAACGAUGGGUAGACCAAGACGAUUUAGAAGAGUUUGUGGCGGAGUUGGGGUUGCCUGAUCAUCGAAUCAGAGCUUACCUACGCUAUGUCAUGGAUGCUCUUGUGCCCAAAAACGACGAUGACGAUGCUCGCGAGACGCGGAUUGCUAAAGAAGCAGCGCUUCUCGAUGAUAGUGAUUCAGAGAAUACUGAUGAAGAGUCAGAGGUAGCCUAUCCAAUAAGCGAAGACGAUGACGAAGACUUGGGUGAGGGUCUUGAGGACUUGGUUGCUUACAGUUUGAAGUACGAGGCAGUGCGGAAUAAAUUGUACGAUACUAAAAGUCUCCAAACAAGUGGAAAAGGAUCCAAGAAAAAACUACUGCUAAAUGAGCAACUGGAUAUAGACUCAGACCUGAAAAGUCAACUCGAGGACAAAUUUGCUACUCGGGUGAACGACAAACGAAUAAAGAGGCAGACAAAAGAGGACUACGUAUCCGCUUCCAAUAGCGCAUCUGAUGACCUUUUUUUAAAAUAUCCAUAUGGAUUCCAUGUGGAGAACAUCAAGGACGAGUUUGAUAUAUUUUUAGCGAGCAACAGGCCCACCUUGUCUUUCCCGCCGUUUGAUCCCCAUGGAAACAAAACUGUGAUAAGUUUUGCUGGUGCCUAUUCCAUGAAAACCAGGAAAAUGGGCAAAAGUGGGAAGAGCCAUGUUUUGGUAGAGAAAGUCAAAAAAACGAAGUGGUCUCUACCGAAUUAUAACUAUGUGAGCCAGUUACUAAGAAGAAGGAGGGUUUUCAUGCGAAUCGAUGUACGGAGGCCGCGCGAGGAACAUCAUUUUACGGAAAGAAUUAACGUCGGGAAGGUCAAGUUCCAAACGAAAGAGGGCGAAAUUGUUGGGGAAGAUGCUCCUGAGAUUGGUACAGACAACAUAGGACGGCAAAUGCUUGAGAAGUUGGGCUGGUCCCGUGGGCAAGGUCUAGGUGCUGAUGGUAACCAGGGCAUCAGUGAGCCAAUUUUCGCGAAAGUAAAGAAGAGUAAAUCAGGUUUGCGUCAUGGAUGA